CGUUGCGGUUGCGAGUCUAAAAAGUUUUUAUCUCGAAGUAAAAUAAUAUUAUUGUGAAUUGUAAAGAAUAGAAUUACAGUGUUUUCUCAUUAAAUUUAAUGAUACUUUGUAACUAAAAUAUCUUCUAUUAUUAUUAAAAGUAAAUACGUUUUAUAAACCAAAUAAAUAGUUAAAGCAUUGAUACUUUAUAAUAACCCCAGUGUCUCACCACGACUUUACGUUGUAGGAAAUAAACAAAAUGAUUAUUCCAGUACGAUGUUUCACAUGCGGGAAAGUUAUUGGAAACAAAUGGGAAGCUUACUUAGGCCUGCUACAGGCGGAUUACACAGAAGGUGAUGCUUUGGAUGUCCUUGGAUUGAAAAGAUACUGCUGCAGAAGAAUGUUGCUCGGACACGUGGAUCUCAUUGAAAAACUUUUGAAUUAUUCCCCAUUAGAAAAAUAAUGAAAUAUUUUUAAAAAAACACAAUUAAAAAUAAAAAUCUAUAAACCAUUGACAUUAAAUUUUUAA